AAUAUUAAAUAAUACGCGUCUGGCGAGUGGCGGUCCUCGGGUACUUCAAAUGUUUUUUUAGAAUUUUUCUUUGUACCGGAUAUAACCGUUCAUCGUGUACAAAAAGAAGACCUACCAAACGCAUUCGAAAUGUUUGGAAAGACUUCGCUCUCCCUCCUACGAUCGCUGACCCGCGAGUUCCGGUACGUCACAUCGGACGGCAAGUUGCUCGACCGACCUCUAAUGCGGCUGAUUCUGUCUGAAUACCGAUCAAACCAAGUCACCCAGGCGCAGUACUGUCGUGGCCCUGAUGAGAUGGUAUGGGUCGCCGACACAUACUUGCAGUACAUACGGUCACAGCGUAUAUGCCGCGAGCUCACCGACAAACACCAGAGACGAGAAAAAACCGUUCAAGAAACGGCGGAUAUGAUUGGUUUUAGAUUACCGUCCGCACCGACAAACCACAAAGACAAUUGAAAUGUAUAAUGUAUUUGUCUGUAUGUAUAUAGUUUUCUGUGAAAAUCAUUAAAGUGCUAGGAGAAUC